AUGUCGCAUGACCACAGGAUUCGCUUCAAGAGACUAAAUCAGGUAUGCGAGAAGGCACUUGCACAAUCCAUUUCGAAACUGCAAAACUGGGACAAGUUGUCGAGCUGCUACCCCGGUUAUAUAUCGACGCGAGAGGGAUAUGCAAAUCUAAAGACAUGCCAAGUGCAGGUGUGCGACUUCUGGUCGCAGCUCUGCCGGCAGGAGUUCCAGGCGAUUUUUGAGGAGCGAGACGUGAAGGCCAAACUGGACGAGCUGGAUGACCUGAUCCUCAAGGCGAAGGAAAGAGCGCGCAGCCACCGCGAUGGGACGGGCAGUCACACGCGAGUGGAAGAUCUUACGCCGGCGCAGCUGAUACGCGGCAGCAUACGGCGGGCGCAAUCUGAAACGCUGGAACAGCUGGAUACGCGACUCCGGAGUCUGGAUGGCAAAAACGCCAAGCUCAGGGCGGAACUGGAAGAACUGAACAAGGCGGUUGGAUCGGAGCUGGAGGAGCUAGACCGGCUGUACGAGAAAUGGCUAGGAAAGGGCCUGGGCAAUGGGGCGGGCGAGCUACAGCAGGGAGUUGAGAACAUGGUGGUUGAAACGCGCGAAGGCCCGUAA